UGGUGCGCCGUCAAAACGGGUCCUUCCUUCCUGCGCCUCGUCCACGCUCAGCACAGCUGAUGUGGUGUCUCACUCUCUCUGUCAGGCAGUCGUGAAACCGUUUUCCUCGUCAUUCUUAAAUACUAAAGCUCGACAUGACUAAAGAGGAAGCUCAGGGGGCGACGGAGGAGGAGCAGCAGGCUCAGUCAAAGAAAGGCCAGAAGAAACAGCAGAAGGAAGCAGAGAAAGCUGCGAAGAAGGCUGAGAAGCAGGCCAAGCUGGCUGCCGAACAACAAAGCACAGAGGAAGAUGACUUUGCCAAGGACCGAUAUGGCAUGCCGGCUAUGGUCCAGUCCCAACAAAAACUGGACAGAGCCCUGGUACGGGUCCAAGACCUCACUCCCGAGAGAGCUGACCAGCUGAUCUGGCUGCGUGCCCGAGUCCACACCAGCAGAGCCAAAGGAAAGCAAUGCUUCUUGGUCCUGCGUCAGCAGCAGUUCAACGUGCAGGCACUCGUUGCGGUGGGAGAUCGUGCCAGCAAGCAGAUGGUCAAGUUUGCCGCAAACAUCACCAAGGAGAGCAUCGUAGACGUGGAGGCAGCAGUGAGGAAAGUGGAGCAGAAGAUCGAGAGCUGUUCCCAGCAGGAUGUGGAGCUCCACAUUGAGAGGAUCUUCGUCGUCAGCCAGGCAGAGGCUCGUCUUCCCCUGCAGUUGGACGAUGCCGUCAGGCCCGAGGCAGUAGGGGAAGAGGAAGGCAGAGCCACAGUCAACCAGGAUACCAAGUUGGACAACAGGGUGAUCGAUCUCAGGACGACCACCAGCCAGGCCAUCUUUCGGCUGCAGUCAGGAGUGUGCCAGCUCUUCAGAGACACCCUCACCACAAAGGGCUUUGUGGAGAUCCAGACCCCGAAAAUCAUAUCAGCUGCCAGUGAAGGUGGAGCAAAUGUCUUCACCGUGUCUUACUUUAAGACCAGCGCCUACCUGGCCCAGUCUCCCCAGCUCUACAAGCAGAUGUGCAUCUGUGCCGACUUUGAAAAGGUCUUCUGUGUGGGGCCAGUUUUCAGGGCAGAGGACUCCAACACCCACCGUCACCUGACUGAGUUUGUGGGUCUGGAUAUUGAAAUGGCCUUCAACUACCACUACCACGAGGUGAUCGACUCCAUCACCGACACCAUGGUUCAGAUCUUCAAGGGCCUGAGAGACAACUUCCAGACGGAGAUCCAGACGGUGAACAAGCAGUUUCCCAGUGAGCCCUUCAAGUUCCUGGAGCCCACUCUAAGGUUGGAGUUCACCGAGGGCGUGGCCAUGCUGCGCGAGGCAGGGGUGGAGAUGGGGGACGAGGAGGACCUCAGUACUCCCAACGAAAAGCUGCUUGGCCGUCUCGUCAAGGAAAAGUAUGACACUGACUUCUAUGUGCUGGAUAAGUACCCACUGGCUGUCAGACCCUUCUACACGAUGCCUGAUCCAAGCGACCCCAAAUAUUCCAACUCGUACGACAUGUUCAUGAGGGGCGAGGAGAUCCUGUCUGGAGCUCAGAGAGUCCACGAUGCCCAGCUCCUGACUGAAAGAGCCACCCAUCACCAGAUUGACCUGGAGAAGAUCAAGGCAUACAUUGACUCCUUCCGGUAUGGAGCACCCCCACAUGGCGGUGGAGGCAUUGGCCUGGAGAGAGUCUGCAUGCUGUACCUUGGUCUCCAUAACGUACGCCAGACCUCCAUGUUCCCACGUGACCCCAAGCGCCUGACACCUUGAACCCCUUCCACCGCGGGGACAAACCCAAUCAUCCUGGACUAACACACAGACGCUGGUGAUGGGGAAACAAUACUAAUCCAGAAAAGGAGAGGGUAUCGGGGCGAGCUCCUUACUUUGACACUAACGUGCCACUGUGAUUAACCAUUAUGAUGAAAGAAUAAGGGAGUUGUAACAGUAGGGUAUAUUUUAUUGAUUGGUGUGCAUAGUUGUCCAACAACAAAUAAGAGAGAGAUUAAAGAGAGAGAUUAAAGAGAAAGCGGAGCUGAUCUGAGAUUUAAGGAAGUUGCUAGAGACACAAACAUAAUCAAUCUUUUUUAAUAAUGAGUCAGUGCUUGUCUAAGUUCUUUUCUAUGUAGAUGUUGAAGAAACGGCUUUAAUACAGAUAAGAGCCCCGCCCCCCCUACUACCAGCACAGAUUUAGGACUAAUGAUUGAGGUCUCCAGCAGUAUGCAAGUAACUACAGGUGUUUUGUAAGGAAUCAACGGAACUAAAAUCAAAUCAUGAAAUACAAAACAUACUCAAACCAUCAA